AUGCUAAUUUGGAGAAAAUACUCGCUUCUAUACGUGCCCCAGGUCUUCUCUCCAUUGUCUCAUAUUGAACCAAAUACUUCUCGCCCAGUAAACUCAAGGAAUAAACCUGACCAUUUUAGCAAUGACUCGUCAAAUAGAUCCGUUUCCAGCGGAGAACGACCGGCACUUUAUGAUUCCCCCGAAAUUCCUCCAAACUUUGUCCCAGAGGCCCCCAAAGAUUCUUCACACUUUCCUGCUUGCAAUAAUAUCCACAACUUGAUACAGCGGUUGUCUGGUGUCAGUGCCGAAGAGUCGUUGAUUGUUCCAGCUCGUACAUGGGACCGCAACAACGAGCAUUGGGAGCACAAGUUCACGGUUCUCAGAAGAAAACACAAGAAGGAGAUGUCGGAGAAAGAGUUGGAACUCAGUAGGAAAUACGACGAGAAAUACUCAGAUGCCAAAUAUAAACAGCUUCUUCUUGAAAAAGAAAUGAGGGAGAUGGAAUUUGCAAGAACCGAUGAUCCUAUCGGUGUCCUCGGGAAAACCUACAAAGACCACUUGACAACUAAAAGGUUACUUGAGGAAAAGUACGUCAAAAAAAUUGAGGAACUAGAAAAAAGUCUUUUCGAGAGUCAGGAACAUGUAAAGGCGCAAGAGAAGGUUAUUGCAGAGAAGAAUGCAUCCAUAGCAGCCCUUAACAAUGCUAUCGCAUGGGGCAAGGAACAAAGAGUACACUAUGGCAAUCAGUUGCCUCAACAGUCAGAACAAAAUAUCCGCCCCAAUCAAGGUCCCCAACAGGCUUUCCCCCAGCAGGGUUUCAAUCGGCGGGGCCCCAACGUGCAUGCUCAAACCCGGCAGGUUAACACUCAGCAGCAAGAUAGCAGACGUCCAGGUGCCCCUCCGGGAGGCCGCGGGGCCACCGAAGCACCUCCCCCCGAUGCCAACAACCCGAACUAUCGAGUAGAACCUCUAGAUCCUCGCAGUGUACUCCAGUGCCCCGCUACACCAGACACAGCCCCCCCUACCGGCCAAAACAGGUCACCAGGGAUAAACGCAGCUCCACCCCAGGCAAGGCCAUUUACUUUCCCACCAUCUAAGGGGGACAACCAGCAGAAUCAUCCAGAAGAACAUCGCUUGCCUUUAGGCCACCAGCCCCGCCACCAGCCUAGCCAGUAUCACCCAAAUGGUGUGCAUUCAGGCGGUUUAUUACCAGGCGACCAAGUGGACAAAAACCAGCAGAACUUGCCGGGGCAAACCUUCACCGAAUACGCUGUAAAUUCCAGACAGCUUCCGGACCGUAGAAAUGAGGGCAUAAGCCUAGUUAAUAAUGCCGGAGUUCCUCAAAUUAACCAACCGUCUGUCCCAAACAACGGCGCAUACAAUGCUACUACUGGGCGGUUGAGGGACGCUGGGGAGGAGAGCGUAGCAAAACGUCAAAGGGUUGAAGUCAAUGAUCCAGGAAGAGCAGUGAACAUCAAUGAUGGUAGUGGAGCACCUGCAAUAUCCCAAGAGAUUGCGAUGAAUACCUACCAUCCCCCAAGGCCGGGCAGAAGAACCCUUAUGGUGGAACUGGGUGCAAAUAGUCAAAACACACUUCAAUUCCUCGUACAAAGGGUGUGCCGGGGGGCGCUGCAACGAGUCGAAGUUGUGGAGCAGAAUAAGCUUCGCGUGACUUAUAUUGACCCGGGUUCUGCCCUGAGAUUUUAUAAUGAUUAUAAUUCUCAGGUUGGAACUGCUGCUAAGCAUCAUCCUCAACUGAUUGUUAACUGGUCAGAUCAUCCUAGUCCAGCGAUUAGUGACGAGCUUGCUCAGCAAAUUCAGUUAGGAGCAACGCGUUGCCUACAUAUUUACGGGUUUCCAAAUGCUCAAGAUAAGGAUAUCUUGAAGACGUUGGCUGUUUCCGUGGACUACUUUGUGACUUGGAAGUUCUCUAAAAGUGAUUCCCAAGUGAAUUCUAUCUUAGUCGAAUACCGCGAUCUUGAACUUGCCAUUCAUGUAUACCAAAAGAUUAAGGAUAAGUCACUACGAGGACAUGAAACGAGCGAUGUCCAGUAUGUUCCUGAUCACGUUGGACAGAUCAAUCGUGGGCGGAUUGACGGCAGAAGCCAAUGA